AUGAAUUCAUCAACAGUUAUUAAUGCUUUAUAUAGUUUCUUUGGCAAGAAGAAAAAUAAAUUAACAUGGUCAGGAUCUCUAGAAGAUCUCAAGGCAUUUGUUCUUACAAUAGUCGAUGAAGAAACUGCUGAAAGUUCGACAUGGCGUUCACCCAGUGGCGGAAAAUGGUGCUUCGACAGAGAUUAACUUAAAGUUACGUGGUAUACGAAGAACGAAGCAAUACUGUUUGUAGGGACCAAAGCUAAAGAUUUGUCUAAACGAAUACAUGUUAUUCUUGUAGAAGUCGACCCGAAGAAAGCCAAAAAUAGCGAUCUUAACAAGUCCUUAGAAUGUGUUAUGGCCGAAGCGAGCACUGAAGUGGAUAAUAUUAGUCCUGAUGAAACGCCAGGACCAUGCACCUCAUUGUUGCAAGUAAGUAAUAUCUCUUGCUGCAAUAUCAGUAACAAUAAUCAUAACGAAAAUGUGCUCGGGCUAGCUAGGCGAGUCUUGUAACCAUGAAGCUACCAAGCAGGGUUUGUCAGAAGUAGAAAUUACAUCUCUUGUCCCCGAGGCUGUGGCUGCCAACCCUUGUACCCGUUGUGACAAGCAUAGACGGGAUAUUGAUAAGCUAAAUACCGAAAUUUCUGAUCUAAGAAGAAAACUGUGA